ACGUGGGGACGAGUCAUGUGGGCUCGCAGACCGGGCCCGCCCGGAACCACGUUGCGGGCUGGUGUGGCCCGGAGAGCCGAUUACGGCGGGGCACAGGGCCUGGCCUAUAUAAACGGCUCCCUUCCGGUAGGUGCGCACUUUCGUUCGUCAGUGCAAAGGAGCGGCCGCUGCUCACUCCGUCGAUCUGGGGAAAAUACCCCGCCAAAAAAACAACCAACCAGAAUAAUGUGUGACGAACGCAAGCUGUUCGUCGGCGGCCUGAGCUUCGAGACGGACGAGCCGGCCCUGGAGUCCGUCUUCUCUAAGUACGGGGAGAUCGUGGACACCCGUGUGAUCAAGGACAAGGCGAGCCUGGCUUCCCGCGGCUUCGGCUUCAUCACCUUCGAGAACCCGGAGGAUGCCACCGAGGCCCUGCAGGCCAUGAACGGCAAGGUGGUCGACGGCCGCCAAAUACGUGUCGACCACGCCGAGAAGAAAUCUAGUGACGGCGGAGGCCGUGGCGGCUACAGACGAGGCGGCGGCGGCGGAGGCUAUGGAGGCGGCGGUUAUAGCGGCGGCGGCGGCGGCUCCUACGGCAGCAGCAGCUACGGCAGCAGUGGUGGAGGUGGUGGUUACGGCGGCGGAAAUGGAGGCGGCAGCGGCGGCUAUGGCUCUAGCUCAGGCGGCUACCGACAGUACGACAAGUCGGGCGGAGGCGGCGGCGGCGGCGGCGGCGGCAGCGGCGGCUACAACCGGAGCAGUGGUGCUUCCCGCGGCGCUAGUUACGACCGGUACCAGUCCAGCAGAUAGGAGGCCCCGGCCCGCCCGCCCGCCGCGAUCCACCACUCGCUGUUUCUGAAGGGACUUUUUUUGGGGCGAACGCCGUCUAAUCUCUUGAAUUCAAUUUCGCUUGUUCGGGACGCUGUCUUAACUCUCAUUCCCUCUCCCAUGCGAACCCCCCCCUCCCCCUCCCCUCGUGUUGCAGACUACGUUUCCCAAAACGGGAAUAGGAGUGAGGGGGAAAUCCUGUUCCCAAACCUCCACCUGGCCCGGCCCUCGACAGCCUUUCCUCUCCCGGGAUCUGUCUCUUGUAGUAUCUGUUCUUUAUUUUUGCCUCUUGGGGUGCAGCCUCGUUGACCACCUCAUUGUAGCCCGGCAGCUCAGUGUCACAACACAGGCACUCCCUUUAGCUGCUCAUUUCUGCUCCCUUCCAGUUUUAAAAUGGCGCACUCGCCUUGUGCAGAGGCUCAAUGCUCCAGUGUCUCGACAACGUGCUCCAUCCAGCUCCUCCCUAUGCCCGCAGUAAUUUGUGGGGCCGCCAGGGUAUCUGCUUUGCUUUGCAACAUAACCAUUUUUUUUCUUCGUCCUUAUGCCGUGACCAAUGUUGGAAGUAGGGGCAUUUUCUAUUUUAUUCACCUUUUUUUUUUUUUAUGGGCCAGAUUUCUGAUUUAAAUGGGGAACAACGAUCCAAUUGAUUUAUUUUUAAGUAAUCUGGGAAAUCCGUUGUACUUUCAACUGUUUUGGGGAAAAUGCCACGAAUCUCCGGAGAUUCCAUGCGUGGGCAACUGUUUGACUUUGUAUCUGCUGUUACAGACCUGACCGUGCUUUAGCGAAUGCAGAGCAUAAAGAACAUCAGCGUUUUGAGAAGAAAUUAUGCGAACCAUCAACGUCAAUUGUACGCUUACCGUGUUAUUUUGUGGGUCAUAAUUGUUAUCUGGCAAACUGUUUUCUAUGUAAAUCUUAAGAUUGGUGCCAUCCCAACUGGAACACCACUGUGUGUGUAUUAGUUUUUGGUUUGGCCACUGCAUCAAGUGAGAAGCCUACAGUGAAACUUUGGUAUCAUCCUACUCUUAAACAAUACAACAUACUUUGAGCUAAAUUUUUUUUAAUGGCAAACUGGUAGGAAAUUGAUAGUUGUUUCUUAUUGAAUAUUCAUGAGUUAGCAUGGAACGUUUUUGUACAAAAACAUGCCACUUUGGAGACUGAUGUCAAUGGAAAAAUAAAAGUUAAUAUGUUCAGUAAA